GAACGGCCAUCUUAUUCACGUGUGAGCUCAAAUAGGAUUUUAAUUAUACAUCCAAACAGAUCCAAAUUGUAAUAUUCCAAUCAGAGAGAGAGAGAGAGAGAGUAGAAAGAAGAAGAGUAAGAGCAUCCAUGGCGUGCUGUUCCUCCAUCUCUCCAGCAUUUCUCCACCUCCGCCAAAACCCAGCCAUAAAAAGAUCCAAAAGCCGAACCAGGUUUCAACCCAUCUCUUCAUCACUCUCCGACCCUUUCGUCCUCCGACUCGCUGAAACUCUGGAAGAUUCUUUCUCUUCUGACCCUUCUCCAUCUCCAUCUCUACCUCUCCAAAAGCUCAGAGAAACCUCCUCCCUAUCCCUCCUCUCCAAAUCAUGGCCUUCCUCCAAAGACGAGCCCUUUCGCUUCACCGACACCUCCUUCCUCAAAUCCUCCCAAAUCCUCCCCACUUCCCUCCCUCCCUCCCUUUCUUCCUCUCCCUCCCUCCCCACCGACACCCAUCUCCCCUUUCUCACCCUUCUAGACGGCCACGUCAUCACCUCCCUCUCCAACCUCUCCCCUCUCCCCUCCCCUGUCUUCGUCGGCCCCCUCUCUAACGCCCCCUCCCAUCUCUCCACUUUGCUCCUCGACGUUCUCUCCCAAUUCCCGGACGGCGACCUCUUUUGGGAUCUCAAUGGAGUCGGGGCCCCAGACAUCGCCGUCGUCUACGUGCCCGCCGGCUGCCGCGUUGAGACACCUUUGCAUCUGAGGUUCUGUUCUUGGGAAGGAACGGACAGCGAGAGCAAGCUGCUGCCGGUUUCAAACCCGAGGGCAUUGGUUCUGGUGGAGGAGGGCGGGGAAAUUGGGAUCAUUGAGGAGUAUUUGGGCGGGGAUGGUGAGGAUAAGUGCUAUUGGGCAAAUUCAGUGACGGAGUUUGUAAUUCGAGAUGGUGCAACGGUUCGACACUCAUAUAUACAGAGGCAGUCUUCGAAUGCUUCCCAUAUAAAGUGGACAUUCGUUCAGCAGGGAUCAUCUAGUACUUAUGAGCUCGUAGAGACUAGUACUGGCGGGAAAUUGAGCAGGCAUAAUCUCCAUAUUCAGCAAUUAGGUUCCGACACAGUGACUGAACUGUCGACAUUCCACUUAUCUGGCAGUAAUCAGACGCAAGAUCUGCAUAGCAGAUUAGUCUUGGACCAUCCAAGAGGAUAUUCCCGACAGCUUCACAAGUGCAUCGUUACUCAUUCCUCAGGACAUGCUGUAUUCGAUGGGAAUGUUCAGGUCAACAGGCUUGCGCAGCAAACAGAUGCCGGACAGCUGACACGGAGCCUCCUUAUGGUGCCACGUGCAACAGUCAAUGUAAAACCUAACCUCCAAAUCAUUGCUGACGAUGUCAAAUGCUCCCAUGGAGCUGCCAUAAGUGAUCUUGAAGAGGACCAGCUCUUCUACUUCCGAGCGCGCGGUAUCGACUUACAAACAGCAAGAAAUGCCCUCAUCUUCUCAUUUGGGGCUGAGGUGACAGACCGUUUGCCGUAUGAGCCACUCCGCAAGUCAGUGCAGAGUCAUUUAAGAGAUUUGUUAGCAGCUAAAGGAGCCAUCCAAUGAAUGGACCAAACCACCUCGUCUCUCUCCAGCUGUGGGCUGCAGGUUUUCAUAAUUUUUUCAGAGAAUUGCAAGAUCUAUCCUGGGUUACAGGAGAUUUAGCAAGAUUUAUAAGUGCCAUGACGGAAUUGAGGGCAAGUAAAUCAGAAUCAAGAGAAAUUUUGUAUUUAUUAUAUGAAAGAAAACCACCUUAUUUAACCCCCUCUUUCUACAGCAGCCUUUUACAUUAUUAACCUGAAUUUUCAA